GAAGAAAGUGAAGUGAGGAGUUUCCUGCAGUGUCUGCCUUAUAUCUCACAGCUCAGUGUUGAUGUUUGGAGGUCAGGUCUUCAUGAAGCAGUCAGGUUCUUUGUGAAUCUGUUCUGUGCAGCAGCAGAGAGAGAACAGCAGACAGGAGAGAAGAUACUGGAGCUGUUAUCAUCAGUGUGCAAACGUGAAACAUUUCCUUACAGACCCAUGAAUGAAUAUUAUCUGUGUGAUUUCCUGUUGGAUCUGUACUCCCAUAUAAAGGACUACGAGACUAAAACAGGCUUGAGUGUCCUUCCAUCAUUACAGUCAGUUUUCCAGUCAGCUCCUGGAGUCUGGUUCAUAAAGCUCUCAGAGAGAAAGACCUCCAUCCUCCUGGAAGUGCUGAAACUCCAACCAGAGAAGAAACAAGUGAAGCUGACAGACUGCUCACAUGAAGAAAGUGAAGUGAGGAGUUUCCUGCAGUGUCUGCCUUAUAUCUCACAGCUCAGUGUUCAUCCUGAGACGUCAGAUGAAGAAGCAGUCAGGUUCUUUGUGAAUCUUUUCUGUGCAGCAGCAGAGAGAGAACAGCAGACAGGAGAGAAGAUACUGGAACUGUUAUCAUCAGUGUGCAGAUAUCAAGAAUUCCCUGUUUAUGAGAGAUACAUGGCGUAUGAUUAUCAGUUUAACAUCCUGCUGGAUGUGUACUCCCAUGUGAAGGACUAUGAGACUAAAACAGGCCUGAGUGUCCUUCCAUCAUUACAGUCAGUUUUCCAGACAACUCCUGCAGCCUGGUUCAUAAACCUCUCAGAGAGAAAGACCUCCAUCCUCCUGGAAGUGCUGAAACUCCAACCAGAGAAGAAACAAAUGGAGCUGACAGGCUGCUCACAUGAAGAGAGUGAAGUGAGGACUUUCCUGCAGUGUCUGCCUUAUAUCUCACAGCUCAGUGUUCAUCCUGAGACGUCAGAUGAAGAAGCAGUCAGGUUCUUUGUGAAUCUUUUCUGUGCAGCAGCAGAGAGAGAACAGCAGACAGGAGAGAAGAUACUGGAACUGUUAUCAUCAGUGUGCAGAUAUCAAGAAUUCCCUGUUUAUGAGAGAUACAUGGCGUAUGAUUAUCAGUUUAACAUCCUGCUGGAUCUGUACUCCCAUGUGAAGGACUAUGAGACUAAAACAGGCCUGAGUGUCCUUCCAUCAUUACAGUCAGUUUUCCAGACAACUCCUGCAGCCUGGUUCAUAAACCUCUCAGAGAGAAAGACCUCCAUCCUCCUGGAAGUGCUGAAACUCCAACCAGAGAAGAAACAAAUGGAGCUGACAGGCUGCUCACAUGAAGAGAGUGAAGUGAGGAGUUUCCUGCAGUGUCUGCCUUAUAUCUCACAGCUCAGAUGUGAUGCAGGUUUCUUCCAAAGGGUUUGUUCAUGUUUUGCUGUCAAGUCCAAACAGGAAGUGCAGCAGAUGUUCUCUCUGCUGCAGCUCCUUGAGUUCAACCUUUUCUUAACUGGAUGUUUAACCAGAGUAACAUGCAGCUUUGUAGGAAGAGUUCUUGGCCUCUGUGGGGCUAAUGUGAAGCUCAGCCUCAAACCAAGAAAGAUGUCUGGAAAAGGAGCCUCUCUGCUUUUUAAACAUACAUCAAAUAUCAAAAGUCUGAGGUUGAGCACUGAUGUGGUGUUGUUGCUGCUUCGAUGGGUUAGAACAAACAGAGUUUCUCAGUCGUUGGUCAUUGAAAAGCUUUCCAUCAUUGAAAGCUUGUCCUCCUCCCUGUCAGACAAAGUUUUGCUCAGAGUUGUCAGUACUGUUGCAUCUCUGCUGAGGGUCUGGACGGUCAGACAGUUAGACCUGUCAGAGCUCUGCAUCCCAGCUCAGCAUCUCACUGCACUGCUGCUUCAUCGUGGCCCCCUGAGCAUCAGACUGAAGAAUGAGAACCUGCAGCAGUUUCCUGCCCUCCUUCAUGAAAUUAAGGACCAGGAGCUGACGCAGAGUUUCUUCAGUAAAGUUGGUGGAGAUCUGACUUCCUGCUGUCUGACCUGGGAGGUUCUUUACUUUCUCUUACAGCACUCAUCAGGUCAGACCAUCACAGUGAACCUGACAAAGAUGAGCUGUUUAGAGGAAAACAUGUCACAUCUGCUGCCCUUACUGGACAGGAUUGUGUUUCAAAGGUCCAGUCCCAGCUUUGUGUUAUCUGCCAUCAGACACAUCCACAAAGCUCACAGCAGUCACAGUGUACCAGGUUUACUUAGGUCAUUGGGUCAUGUGAUCAAUCUGACCUGCACAGAGCUGGACUCAGAUGACUUCUCAGCUCUGCUCUUCAUCCUGCAUCACAGUGAUACAGUCAAACUCAACCUGCUGUGGACCUCCAUACCAGCAGAGAGCACAGAGUCUGUCCUCUUUGCUCUGGACAAAGUGUCUCAGCUCAGUAUUGACAGGACUUUGCUGCUGAGGUUCGUCCACUGCUUUGCUGCAGCCCAGCAGAGGGCAUCACCAGGCCUGCUGAGGGCUCUGCAGCACAGGCUGGAUCUGUCCUGCACCUCCUUUAUGGACCUAGCACAGGAGGAGCAGAAAGAAGCUUUGAGACUAACAGCUGCUGACUGCCGGGCCGUCUCCACCAUCCUGGGAUACAGCAGCCAGGAGACACAGCUCGACCUCAGAGACUGUGAGGUCGAGGACAUCGGGCUGGACCUGCUGCUUCCUGUUCUGAACAGAGUCCGGCUCAGAGCCAGUAAAGCUGUCCUCCUCCAGCUUGUGUCCCUGAUCUCUCUGCACAGUCAGAGGGACGUGGUAAAACAUGCAGAGUCUCUGUGGAGAGCUCUGGAUGGAGAACUGGACCUCAGUCACACCACACUGGAUCAGAGGACCUGCAGCUCUUUGGCUCAGCUGCUGGACUUGUCUGAAGGGCUGACAGAGCUGGACCUGAGUCACUGUGAGCUCACAGACCAGCUGCUGCACACACUGAUCCCACAGCUGCACAAAGUACAAGUCCUGGAUCUGAGUCACAAUAAUCUGACCGAUGCCUCCACCAACAUGUUACUCAACCUGACCUCCAUCAGAUCCUCCAUUCAAGCUGUGAGAGUUUUUGGGAACAACAUUAAGAACCGAGGAUCGCUUAAAGACAAACGCUUUGAGAUUUGGUGAAUCAGUCGCCAUCAGUCUUUGAGCUGAGGAACAGAAGAGGAGAAACAUCAUCUUCAUUUGUAGGGUUUCUUUAUAUGAGAGAAAAGGAAAAUAUGCUCCAUUUAUACAUUUUCACAAUUUAUUAACAAAAUGGUUAGAAUUUCAAAUAGUUCUACAUGGUACCAUGGACCUCAGUCUCUCUGGCUCAGAGACGAAGACUGCUGCACCCAGGCAGUAAACACUUUUAUUGCUCUUCACAGAAACUGAACAUUUCUGUUUUCUGUGAACAUGAUUGGUAGAAAGAGUUGAGGGUGCCCUUAGGUCUGAUACCGACUCACAUAUCUUCUUCUGCACUUCCCUGGACAUUUCCUUAUUUGGAGACACCCUUUUUUUCAAGCAACACUCCCGUUACCAUGACAACCACCUCUUGUCCUUCGGUCAGACCUUUAGAGUUGAAGAAAGGGUGUAGAGUGCAUACCGUAACUGCGGAUUUAUGAUGGAGGCCACAUUCCUGUGAUGGGGUUGUGAGGUAGUGUUUGAUGUAUUAGUACUAGAAUAACAUUCAAUACACUUUGUGCAACAAAGGACAAAACACAGAUGUGUGAUGCUAAUUAAGAAAUAUUAGCCUUACAGAUAAAAAUAAAUUCCAGCAAUCACCAUCAUCAUCUUCACAUCAGUGUGAAGCUGUGACAUGGCACAGCCGUCCUCCAUGAACAGCAAACAUCGCAGCAUGACUGUAGUCAAUGUUUUGGAUUAUUCAGCCCUAACCCCCACUGUAUUGUUCAUGGGGUCAUUUUCUUCAGUAGAAAUGGUCAAUUGUUUAACGUUUUUACAUAUUUUGAUUGUAGUAAGAUGGCUGUCUCUGAUUAUCAGGAACAUGACAUCAUGUUACUUUACAGCCACUUUGAUGUCAUUAUUUAAGCUUAAUUCUCUCUGGCAUGCACUCGAGGUGUAUGGUGUUAUUUUUGUGCCACUAUUCUGAGCGCACGUAAAAAAAAGAAUUUGCAGGUACAAGUGUUGCAUUUUGAGGAGAAAUUUAUUUUGAGUGAAGAAAAGCUAAAUUUGAGCAAACAAAAUUCAUUGCUGCGUGCAAAAAAUGUAUUUCAAUGUUUGCUAUUAUCCAUACACACACAAUAACAGCUCCUCUCGCUAGUGUUGCAUUUUCUCCUCAAAAUGUGACAGAUAAAGCUGAUGAUGUGUCAUUUUUCAUGUGAAAAACAGUAAAACCCAGCUUGUAAAAUAUCCUGUAGUUUAAUUUCUAUAUGUAGUUUCUGCUAAUGUCCAACAGGAGGCGUCACCAGGCCGGACAAGAGCAGCAUAAAACUAUAAAUGAACUUCUGCAUUCAGAUGUAACUGUUCUUCAUGUGAACGCGCUGCAGGUUACCUUAAACUUGUGAUUUGUGAAUGGAGUCUGGUGUGAA